CUGAUCUAGUGGAACAGUGCACCCACUAACCACUCCCAUCCAAUGGCACUGUGUGUACCCACCCACCAGCAGCAUCUAAUGGUAAAAGUGAAUCCUUCCCUUCCAGCAUCCUGACACAAGGAAUCCCCUCCAAUCCCUCAGUAUCUAGGGCGCAGCAUUUCCCCACCAGCAUCUACUGGCACAGUGAGUCCUCCACUACCUGCAUCCAGUAGCACAGGGAAUCCCCUGCAAUCCCCAAGAAUCUAGUGUUACAGUGUGUACCCCACAAGCAACUACUGGCACAGUGAGUCCUCCACUACCUGCAUCCAGUGGCACAGGGAAUCCCCAAGAAUCUAGUGGUACAGUGUGUACCCCCACUAUCUAAUAGCACAGUGUAUCCCCCACCAGCAAUUACUGGCACAGUGAAUCUUCCCAGGCCACCGUAGAGUGAAUCCAUUACCCCACAGCAUUAAGUGGCACAGAUAACACCCAACCCCAUGGCAUCAAGAGGCACAGUGAAUUCCCACCCCACACACGCAUUCAGAGGAGCAGGGAACCAUGGCAUCUAGUGGAGCAUAGUGGAAUACCCCCAGCAUCAUGCGGCACAGUGAGUCCUCUCCACAGUAUCAGCGGCACAGAAAGUUCCUCCUCGUCCCACAGCACAAAGCGCAUAGCAAAUGCCCCAGAGCCUAAGAUAGACGUAGCACACUGUAUCCAUCUGACUAUAGGCGUGGGCAAAGCUCUGGGGGAUUAGGUUGCAGAUUCCAUGAGCAGUUCGCUGCCCGCCAUGUCUUAGAGCAAAGCAGCAGCCAGGAAUCAUCUUGCCUUUUCCUGCAUUUGAUUCUGCCGCUCAAUGAAAGCUAUUCCUACGCAGGGCGGUCACAUGGUGGUGGUCACAUGAUCGUGAUGUCAUCAAGGUCCUUCCGAGGAUAGAAACUAGACGCUACCAGGUCGGGGAAAGGGGGGCAAAGGUCUCACGGCUACUUUUAUUUGAAGUCCUCAUGGCUCGCUUGCUAACCUCUUCAUCUGCCUUGAGAUGGGGGGCAGUGAGUUCCUCGCAGUCAGUUGGAAGAGCGUACAGCUCCGGGAGCCCCGAUACUGAGUAUGUGCAGAGGAGCAUUGUUCCAACUAUGCACUUCCAGAAGAGCCUGCCAAGGCUGCCCAUUCCUAAACUUGAAGACACUAUAAAGAGAUACUUGAAUGCACAAAGACCUCUUCUGGAUGAUGUUCAGUUUAAGAAAACUGAGCAGCUGGCCUUGAACUUUCAGAAUGGUGUUGGGAAGCAGCUGCAUGAAGAGCUAGUGCAGCAGGACAAGCAGAACAAACAUACAAGCUAUAUCUCUGGUCCUUGGUUUGAUAUGUAUCUGUGUGCCCGUGAAUCCAUUGUGCUUAAUUUUAAUCCCUUUAUAUCUUUUACACCUGACCCAAGGCCGGAUUAUAACAGGCAGCUGAUCAGAGCCACAAACAUGACAGUAUCUGCCAUGCGUUUUCUAAAGACCAUGAGAGCUGGGUAUUUGGAACCUGAAAUCUUCCACUUAAAUCCAGCCAAAAGUGACACACUGACAUUUCGGAAAUUAAUCCGGUUUGUGCCCUCCUCUCUUUCCUGGUACGGUGCAUAUAUGGUGAAUGCAUAUCCUUUAGACAUGUCACAGUAUUUCCGUCUUUUUAACGGUACUCGCAUUCCAAAACCUAACAGAGAUGAACUGUGGACAGAUGAAAAGGGUAGACACUUAUUGGUUCUACGAAAAGGGAACUUCUAUGUGUUUGAUGUCAUAGACAAAGAUGGAAAUAUAGUAAAGGCAUCUGAAAUCCAGGCACAUCUACAACACAUCUUGUCUGAUACCACUCCAGCCCCAGAAUUCCCACUAGGGUAUUUAACCAGUGAAGAGAGGAACACAUGGGCAGUUCUAAGGCAGAAAUUGUUAAACAAUGGCAACCAAGAGGCUCUGGCAAAAGUGGAUUCUGCUGUGUUUUGCUUGUGUUUGGAUGAUUUCCCCGUUGAAGAUCGUGUUAGUUUAUCACACAAUAUGCUGCAUGGUUCUGGUCUAAAUCGCUGGUUUGACAAGUCAUUUAGCAUUAUCAUGACUGAAGAUGGUACAGCCGCUGUUAAUUUUGAGCACUCAUGGGGAGAUGGAGUUGCUGUUUUAAGGUUCCAAAAUGAGGUUUUUAAGGACAGCACACAGAGGCCAGCGAUAUCGCCAGAGUCAUGUUCUGCUCCUGUGGACUCAAGCAAAGCAGUUCAGAGACUGCACUUUAACUUAGAUGACUCUUUGAAAGCUGCAAUAGCAAAUGCCAAAGAAAAAUUUGACACUUCUGUAAAUGCACUAUCCAUUGCAACAAUGGAGUUCAAGAAAGGAGGAAAAGAGUUACUCAAGACACAGAAGCUGAGCCCUGAUGCUGUGUCACAGCUGUCCUUUCAGAUGGCUUUUCUCAGGCAGUAUGGCAAGACAACGGCCACAUAUGAAUCCUGCAGCACUGCAGCAUUCAAACAUGGUCGCACAGAGACUGUAAGGCCAGCUUCCAUAUACACUAAGAAGUGCUCAGAGGCUUUUGUUAUGCAUCCGUCCAAGCAUAGCCCAGCAGAGCUCCGCAGUAUGCUGCAGGACUGUUCCAAAUACCACGGACAACUGACCAAGGAAGCAGCAAUGGGUCAGGGAUUUGAUCGGCAUUUAUUUGCGCUGCGAUACUUGGCAUCCAGCAAGGGGCUUUCGCUUCCUGAAAUUUACCAGGAUGCCUCAUACGCACAGAUUAAUCAUAAUGUCCUAUCCACCAGCACGCUCACCAGCCCUGCCGUACAGCUCGGGGGUUUUGCACCAGUAGUGCCGGAUGGGUUUGGCGUAGGAUAUGGCGUACAUGAUGACUGGAUUGGCUGCAAUGUUUCUUCAUACCAAACUCGUGAUGUGAGACAGUUUGUGGAGUGCGUGCAUCAAUCCCUAGAUGACAUCUUUACAGUUUUGCAAGACAAACCCAUAAAAUAGUGGAACUUGGAAACCUAUAUUGUAACGUUUUGCUCUGUUAUUUUUUUCACAAAUUUCUGCAUUAUACCAGAAGAUGGCCUCUUACAGGUUACUACUCUAUUUAGCACUUGAUUUGGUGUGAUUUUUUUUUUUAAAGAAAAAAUGUAUCCAUAUUAUUAUAUGGAGCCUUCCAAUCAUUUCCUUCUAAAGGGAAUAUAAACUAUAGAUGUAUUUUUACUCUAAGUAUUUCAGGAAUAAUUGGAAAUAAAAACUAUUAUAUGGA